GAUUUGCUACGGAUGUAUUCAUACAUUUGGCCGCUAGUCAGCGCAGGCGCGCUACUUCGCAGAGGCAACCGCUAAGUUUUUAUUUAAUAGUUGGUGAGCGACAACGACGUAAUGGCGGAUUUCGUUACGACGUUCAUUUAGAGUUCAUUCGGAUCGUGGGUUGGACGAGGAGGGCCUCCUCCUCGUCCAUUAAAAUGUGUGCCACGGCGGUGCUGAACCAGGUUGCAGGACGAAGGCGCCAACCGAGCUCAGUAGUCAAGUAAUAAACAACAAACACGGACAGUCAGCUAUAAGAAUGGAGUAGCAGUACUCCAGUAAAGUCAUUUAAGUAGACAUGUUGUUAUUGGAAAUGCUUUGAACACCGACUGUGUCUAUCUGUUCCUGUAGUUUACUCAUUGACAUUUCUAUUCACGCAUUUAUUCAUUUAAGACGCUAUAUGUUUAAAGACAUUUGUAAGAAACCAAAUGUUUGAUGUUUAUGCAGUAAACAGGUACUUUUACGUUGUUACAAGUGAAAAGAAACAAGGAAAGUAACGUGUUUGUGAGAUAUUCUACUAACACCAGAUUCUCUAUAUCCAAAAUAAAUGAGUCACAACCUUUUCUGUUGUAGCAUCUGCCACAGUGUCAUCACUGUCUACAUCCCCUGUCCAAGAGGGUUCAGAAGUAGAGGGGAGAUAAGUGUCCUAUUUUAGCUAAAUAAUUGUCCUGGUAAUGUUAAACCAUCUGUUAAUUCAAUUUUUUUAUUUAAGACCUUGACACGCGUCAGUGGAACUGUGUUGGCACCCAUGGGACCGAUUAAAGUAUAUGUACUUUAGUAUAUGAAUGUGUUUAACUGGCCCAAAACUACUUGCGGGACCUUUUGCUGUUGUUCUUGUUCGUUUCUUCCACCACCUCUUUCGCUGCUGUCCUCACCAACUCCUACUCGCCCUGGAGCUGUAAAGACAGGAGGAAGGGGUUUCGUGUUGGACCACAGGCGCUGGCCAGCUCCUAUGAGGAGGGUCAUCGACGACUUGCUGACCAAAUACCAGGGACAGGAGGACAUGCUCAGGCUUGUGGAUCACGAGUAUGCAGCUCUAGUUCACAAGUCCUUUAUAGACCCGAACAGUUUAUUGCACCCCACAACCAAUUUACACAUUUCCCACCAGCUGAACACCACUUCUCUGAAUAUAAGUCCAGAAACAGUUCAAGUGACACAACAACUUUCUGACAGCGGCAGUGGGAGGGACAAAAGAAGAUCCAGACAAAAACCUGUCAUUCUUGUAGGCAGCGCAAAUCGAGGUACCACAACAAUGGUUCCUCGUUACACUUCUCCCAUCAGUUUGCAACUUUUUUCAGCGGGAACUGGAUGCUACCAAAAGAAAAGGUGGAGGAGAAAGGGCACCAGAAAAGAAAAAGAACUGAGCCUGAACCUCCUCCUGCAUCUCCAUCCACAGGAGGCAGGUGUGGCUUCUGCCGAAAAGAACUGAAACAGACCUCACAUACACACUGGCUUCUCUGAUAUUGUUGGCAAAUACAAAUACUGCCCAGCAAAAGUUCUCUCCUUGUAUGAGAAUAAUGUCAUGAAGAGACAGAUAACCUGGAGGGAGUUUCAGGCAUCUCCUUUCUAUAUUAUGGAAACAGAGAGAUGGGCAGUAGAGAAGGGGAAUUAUGAGAUAUUCAGUCACUUUUGACAGUGUAAUACUAAAACUGGAGACUGAAUAAAGGGACUUUGGCCAAUUCUUUCGCAGUAAAGCAAUUUCUCCAUGUAGUCAAGGUCUUGCAAGAUUACGUCCCCAAAACUGGCGUAUUUUUACUGUGCAUUUUUAGGUUUCUUACCCAUUGUAGUCAAAAUCUUGCAGGAUUACUUGUUAAAAAAGUAUGUAUUUUUAUUUUUUAAGUGUGUUGAUCUUUAGUUUUCUCACCCUUUUUAAUGGCAGUUGACAGUGUAAAAGACUGGAUACUGAAUAAAUGGACU